AUGACUAGUGUUAGCAGUAACUCGAAGUCACAUCAAUCAAAUCAAUCCUCCUUACUAAGAAAAGGAGUUCUACGGACAAAAGAUUUUAAACUAAGCCCAAUAUGCCAUGUAUGUCAACAGCAAAUACACGGACCAUUUAUUGAUACUAACGAUCACUGUUACUGUCCUAACCAUUUUAUAUGUGCUCAUUGUCAUCAACCAUUGAAUGAGGAUUGUUUUACUGAACAAAAUGGAAAACUAUACUGUGAACGUGAUUUCCAACAGUAUAUUGCAUGCCGAUGUGGAAAAUGUCAUCAACCAGUUAUUGGCAAAAUUAUUAAAGCUAUGAAUCAAACAUGGCAUCCAAAUUGUUUCACUUGUCAUUAUUGUCGAAAGCCAUUAGAUGAUAAGUUUUAUAUAGAAGAUAUAGAUUGUGUAUUAUGUGAGGAACAUUGGAAACAAUUUCAUGAAAGAGAAUGUGCUAAAUGCAAGCAACCAAUCAUAGAGAUUGAUCGUUUUAUUGAAGCUUGCGGAAAACAAUAUCAUGCUAAAUGUUUCUGUUGUUCUGCAUGUCAGACAUCACUUGAAGGUAAACCAUUUCAUUCUAGAGAUCAAAAACCUUUUUGUGUUGUACAUGCUAAUGCAGUUGCAUUAUUUGGCUGA